AUGGCACCCCCUCCUGUAAAUGAGCCCCUCAAGAACGUUGACGGCCACCUCCGUGCCGUCAUCGAAACACUCUACGAGAUUUCCGUCGGCGUAUACGGCUACCAAGGCCCAGAAUCCGCAGACGUCCUUGCGAACCAAAUAAAUAAGCUAUCGACGCAGUACGGCACCCUCGCAAACGCAGCCUCCAAGCUGCCCCCCGACGUCGCGGUCCCGCGCGAGGUCAUACAGUACAUUGAGGACGGGCGCAAUCCGGACAUCUACACGAGAGAGUUUGUGGAGAUUGUGGUCAAGCAGAACCAGUUCAUGAAGGGGAAGAUGGAGGCAUACCGGGACUUUCGUGACGUGCUGGCGGAGCAGAUCAAGGUUUCGUUUCCGGAGUUGAGCGAGAAGGUGGAGGAGGUGGUGGAAGGGACGGGCGGGAGGAAGAGGGUUAAUGGUGCGUAG